GGAACUCUUCCUGUUUUACUUGGGCUGUGAUAAAUAUGCCUUCCUGCCUCCAACUUCCUUCUGUCUGGUAUGAUUUUUCCAGUGACACCCACAAAGAAAUCCCCAAUGCAACGAGAAGAAUCUUAUAUCGGGUUUAAUCAUCCCAAAAAGAAAGUGGGGUCUUUUGCUCAUCAGACUCAAAGCUCUGCAGUAAGAAGAAGUGGAGGAGGUGGCAGGCUCAACAAGAUGUUUCUUUGGACAGGCAGCAGAGCUGCACAGGGCAACCAAUGUGAAAGAAGUACUGUUUACCAGAAAAUCAGAGAGCACGGCUACCUGGAUAAGAGGAAGACGGUGACUGCUCUGAAGGCAGGGGAGGAUCGGGCCAUUUUCUUGGGCCUCACCAUGAUCAUGUGUUCCAUGAUGCUGUACUUCAUCCUGGGGAUCACAAUCCUCCGAUCCUACAUGGAGAGUGUCUGGACGGAGGAGUCGUGGUGCACUGUGCUCAACUCUAGCAACAUAGGAGAUAUGACAUGUACAUUCAGCUGUGGCUCAGACUGCUAUGGAGUCUCAAAGUAUCCCUGUCUGCAGGUCUUUGUCAUCCUGAACUCCUCCGGAGAAGUGUAUCGGCUGUCCCACACUGAGGAGACACUGGGAAUCAAUCCUGAGUGCUUUUAUGUACCAAAAUGCAAAAAGACGUGCAACAUGACUGUAAUCGAGAGCAUUGCUGAGCAUUUCAAAAAGCAUCAACAGUUUCCAUGCUUUCAUGACCGGGAAAGAAAACAAGAGAAUGUCCUUUUGACUAGACCCUACGGGCCCAGCACCCUCUUUCACUCCCUCUUCUGGCCUACCUGCAUGCUCAUUGGAGGUACCCUCAUCAUCACCAUGGUAAAGCUCACUCAAUAUCUCUCCUUCCUCUGUGAGGGCAUCAGUAAAAUCAAAAGGUGAAAUGUAAAAAGAAAAAACUCUUACACCACGCCAAAGAACCUUAAGAAGGGUCACAAAUGCUAUAUUCCCAAAAUACUGUAUCUGAAAAGUCUUGUUUGCCACAAUUUCCUAACACUUUUAUCUUGCUAAUAUUGAAGGGUCAAGUAUAAAUGCAGUGUAUUCCUCAUUUCUGGACAUUUUGAUCCAGGUCUGUGGAAGGCACGUGAAGACAUUCUAGAACAGAAUAUCACCAUCAUUUCACUGCUGGAAAUUCAGUUUCUGUAAGCGUCUCUCAGUGUGAAAGAAAAGCAUCCCACUUAAUUGCAGCCAUAAAAAUUGUGGAUGUUAGUGAGAACACGUCAGAAAACCAUCAAGAAAGGAAGAGGACGUUUAUCCAUCAAGUUUAAAGCCAAGAAAUACCAAAACGCAGAGCCAAACUGAAAGUGAAAUGGAUUGCAGUGCUGUUGCAAGUAUGUUCAAAUCCAUGAUGCUCAAGUAAUGCCUGUUGGAGGAUCAGGACUGUGGGGUGGUGUAACACAAACUCUAACCAAAACAUCAGGUAAAAAUGUCUAUGUAUUCAUGUCUAUGUACCAGCAAGUUGACAUGCUUUUUAUCAUGCUUUGGUUCUAUUUUCACUAUUUUCAGAUCUCAAGAGGUAUAAUGUGAUUAGAGUGUUUUCUAUACAGAUGGAAAAGAGAAAAUCAAAUCCUGCUGAAGUUACAGUAGCUGUCACACAGUAAAAUAGUGGACAGUUUAUUGUGAUGCUUUUGUUUUUAUAACAUCUAUUGUAUCGUGCUACUUUGUUGCAUUAUAAUUCACACUCUCCUUUGACAACAAUCCUAGUGUGACAAGCUAUGCCCUUGACCCCUGGGUGCUAGCAGCAAUCAGUUGACAUACUGUCGACCAAAUGUCAACUGUCAUGUGAUGUACCAGAUACCCAACCAGCAAGACAUUUUCAGUGAGGCAUUUAGAAACAGUUUCCCUGUUCCAUGGAAGUUCAAACCCACUAGACGAAAAUUGUUUAAGAAAUUGCUUGUGAAGUUUUUGUACUGUUGAUGCUUUUUUUCUUUUUAUUAAAACUACAAUGGUUCUGUAAUAACUUAUACCUGGGGCCAACAGGAAGCAAUGCAUUAUGGACAUUUCCCACAGACUAAAACUUUUUAAAAGAACCUUACUUAAUUAAAAAACAAAAUGUUGCCAAUGCAUAGAAGUUUAACAUUGAGGAUCACACUCAUAAAUUGGUUGCCAUCAUACAUGUCUUGACUGACAACACCAUUAUGAUAUAUUUCGCAAAAACUAAAACUAAAGAACUAAAGAAAUCUGGAACAGCUACAAAAAUCUGGAUCAUCUAUAAAUCUCCAAGGAUUUCCCCAAACGAUUUGAAAAAACUUACGACAGAGGUGACCAAAGCUGGCCCUUAUGCUUCUGGUCUUUGUUCCAACCCUGUGCUAAAUUGUUUAAUUGAACCAAUUAAACCUCCAUCCAGACUCUGAACUAGUUAAUUAUAUCUUUUUACAUGUUAAGUGGAAUGGAGUGGAAUGGCACUCCAAGACGAGAUAGAUCAACCCUGGACAUUCAACGGUGUUUUGUCCAUAAAAACUUUGGAUUACUUUUUGCCUUACUAAGGAUUUGCUUGUACUCCACCCAAAAGAAAAGAAAUACAUAUAUAGUUAGAGCACUGACUAUAUUCAUAGCUAACAUAUUUCAUAAUCUCUUACAUCUGGGUUCAGGCCUUCUCUCAGUGGGGUUUUUGCAGGAGAGGGCCAGAACAUAGGGAGUUAGUAACUCCCGGACUGACCUUAGAAACCAACUCUGAGGCAGACCUUUCCAUAGCUUGAGGAGCUCAAACAAAACCUGUUUCUUAGGGUAUUGAAGGUGGGAAUGCAAAAAGACCAAGAUUAAUUAGUGGAUGCACUUUCUCCACUAUAAACUAAAAUGAUAUACAUCUAGAAGCUGACUCCUUGAGUUUUUGGACAUGUUUUUGGAACAAGUCAACAGCAAUACUUAUUAUAUCUAACAGCCACCUGUAUUAAAAUAAGUGCCAUCUGUUCCCCUUUUUUUAAUAGAUCAAUUCAUCCGUUCUAAACAUAAGAAUUUAUAAUACAGUAAAAUCUGUAUUAACAGGGCACCUGAAUUGAUUUUAUUAAAUUGUUUAUGUAAGUGCAUGAAUUUGUCUUUGGUCGACAUCAAUGCUCAGUCAGUGUUAAUUCAAGUUUCACUGCAGAAUAUUGUUACCGAUUCACUUCUAUUCAGUUAAUGCAAAUUUCCUUUCACAAACCUGCAAUUGUUUCUUGUUAUAUUGUCAUUCCAUCUCUGGUACUGUAUACUUUAUCUCACAAUAAUUGUUUGUCAAACUUCUGUUGAUAAAGUUUUAAAAAUUCACAUAGUGACUUACUUUUCUAUUUCGCUAAUGAUUAAAAAAAUAAAGAUGAUCAU